AUGGUUGUGUCUGUAGGCUCACCACGUCGCCGCACUUAUGUGUCUGGUCAUACAAAGCGUGCCAACCAGUGGCAUGCAUGGACUACUCUCUUGCCAUCACUUAUUGAACCUUAUCGUCGCCACCUUCAUGAUACAGAAAACCUCCGCACUCCCUCCAACUUGGGUCAGCUGAAGUCGGCACGUCGAUGCACUCGUAAUUGUGUGGGAUGCACACUUACCAUCACUUGUGUCUUUUUUGAUGCCCUCAAAGUGAUUGAAGUGGAUACAUGCCCAUGUGUUGGUGCUGCUCAGCGCUUGCUUAGAGCUGGUCUUUUCCCAUGUGCCCCUUCCUCUCCUACCCUUGCUGUUGAUCUCCGUGUUCUUCGGUUCAUUGAAAUGCUUGCAUUGCGCACUGCCCCCAAUGUCUCAGCAUGGACAGACACUCUGGAAGCAUACUUGCAUGGUAUGGGCUAUAAACUUCCAAUGAAGGAUCGAUUACGCCGCAGGUUUCAGCGCAGCUACCACUGGUAUCGUGUGCUAGAGCGUCUUUCACAAGAGCACCUGAACAAUCUUGUUGAUGGCCAAUGUCAGAGCUCAGUGCCUGAUCAGCCCAGCCUCUAUCUUCAAGAACGUUGUCCACUCUGCUUUGGUGGUGAUGACUGGCGUGCUGGCAGAGGAGCUGCAGACCUGUAUGCCUCUAUCAUUACUUUUUUUUUUCAACUGCUAACUUUUUUUAGUCCUGAUUGCAUUGUGUGCAUAGAUGCCUGUUUUACUCAAAAACGGUCUAAUGCGCAUCAUGAGUCCAACACCCAUGACCCACCCAAUCCCACUCACUCUGUCUUCAUUGAUGAGACAACUGUUGCAGCUGUUGAGGCAGCUGUUGAUGCAAAGUGCAAAAGACAGCAAGGUCGUCCACAUGGUGCAAACCAGGAUGACUCUGUGGAGCCUGGUAUGCGCAUUCCCACUUCGGUCCUUGAUGGAUGUGGGGAGAGCUUUGUUGCUGCAGAUGAACGAAGGCAAAAAGCUAGCACUCGCUUUUUCUCUGAUACUGGCCUCAUGACCUUGAUGUGUCGACAUGAUCGGGUACUUUGGCUUGUCAACAUGACUUCUCCUGGUGAGAAGCAGCACUAUGCCUUGGCCCUCAUCAACCAGUUGUUCCAGCAUAUUCCCAAGGAGAUGCGUGUUGGCAUACUUUAUGACAUUGGAUGCCAGCUGGAGCGAAGUUGUCACAAGUGGAACUUGCUUCCCAGUCUUCUUGACCGCAUCAUCUUUGGCAUAUCAGUCUUUCAUGCAUAUGGUCAUCAGUGGGCUUGCCAAGUUGUUUAUCACCCCCGUAAACGCAUAGGCUUUGGGUUGUCAGAUGGAGAAGGUUGUGAACGUCUUUGGAGUGCCCUCAAACUUCUCAUCCCUUCGCUUCGUGUCUCAGGUUUCCACCAGAGGCUUUUUACACUUGAUAUUCAGAUUAACUACCUGGAUGAAAGAUCUCUGGACAGCUAUGGGUUGUGGCUCUCACGUCGCUGGACAGCUACUCAAAAGCGACUAUCCUCUGCUCGUAAUGCACUAGUCACAAUUAAUCUUCCUGCCAAAACACUUAGGUCAGAAUGGCACGAUCAAGUGCAAGUUCAAACCAAGCCACUUCCUCGGCAAACUUCUGGUCAGGCUCACCAGGACUUUGCUCGAAUUAUUACUUUGGAAGACACAUUACAACAGUCAAGGGAAACUCUUCGCCAUAGCAAGAACAGGCUUGCCAAUCCAACUCAUAUUCUUGUGGUUGAUGCUGACCUUGAUAUGGAUGAUAUGCGCAACCGUAUUAAAUCACUUGAGGAUGCCCGUAAACGCCAGAAAUCUGCACUGGGUAUUGAUGGUCGACGCAAGCUCAGCAAGCUGCAAGGCAGUCUCUUCUUACUCACCCGGAUGAAAGCUCUUGCAGUCAAGACUCGCUUGCGUGACAAGCUUCGUCAUCGCAAGUUUGAACUGGCAAAAUUGGAGCGCGCAUAUCGUCAGUCAGUCAAUGAGCAUCGCCUCAAUGAGCACACCAGCCAGUCUGUGAAGCGUCGGGAGCCAACUAUCACUGCACUUGUUCAGAAGUACAACACACUGUGUCAAGAGCUUGAACUCAUAAAGCAUCAAGGUAAUGCACCACAAAAUGCUGUGCUCCCACAUCACAUCAAUAAGGAAGGUAUUUUUGACCUUGAUGUUGAUGAUGGUAUAUGGGAGGAUGUUGGCCUGCAUGAGGAUGUGCCACAUCCACCAGAUUGGCUGGCUAAUAAUUCUGUCCGUGAUGGUAUUCGCCACCUCCUCAUCCGUGAUCGCUGCAAAGAAGAAACUCAGCGACUAUCCAUUGAGCGGUGCCGUCUUCAAGAAUGGGCAAGAUCUACUUGGAAUGGUCUUGAAAAGGCUGUAAAAACUGCAGGUGUGUGUUAUUAUUAA